AUGGAGGACUACGUGUUCAAGAUCGUGGUGAUCGGCGACUCGGCGGUGGGGAAGACGCAGCUGCUGGGGCGCUUCACCCCCGACGAGUUCUUCCUCGACUCCAAGUCCACCAUCGGCAUCGAGUUCCAGACGCGCACCGUUGACAUCGCCCGCCACCGCGUCAAGGCCCAGAUCUGGGACACCGCCGGCCAGGAGCGCUACCGGGCGGUCACCAGUGCCUACUACCGCGGCGCGCUCAGCGCCAUGCUCGUCUACGACGUCACCAGCCGCCGCACCUUUGACCACGCCGCGCGCUGGGUCGACGAGCCAACCUGGCCGGCGCCGCCGGCCGCCGCCCGCCAUGCGGUGGCUGCAGACGAGGCGGCCGCCUUCGCUGAGGAGCAGGGACUCUUCUUCUCCGAGGCGUCCGCGCUCAGCGGGGACAACAUCGAGCGCGCCUUCCUCACUCUACUCCAGGAGAUCCACGCCAACAUGUCCAGGAAGAAGCUUGAGGCGGCACCAGACGAGGUCACUGGCGUCGCCGCCGUGCUCGCUCUCAAGGGCACCAAGCUGUCGCUCGCUGAUGAGAUAUCCAUCAUGGAGACGAGCGCCUUGCGUAGAGCAAGCAGCUGCUCCUGCACGUGA